UGUCUCCCCCCUGCUGGAGGAGGGAGAUGGAAGGACCCGAUCAUGGCGGCCUCCGUACUGCAGCGCUUUCUCCUGCCGGUCAGAACUGCGGGGAAAAUCUCCGCUCACAGAGAAACAGGUAGAAGAUGUCUACUUUCAGCAGCAUACACAGACACAAAAGUGUGGGAACAAAGACAAACUGAGCCUCAAAGCCUUGGUGAGUUGGCCUCCUUAAUGGACAGAUCUUAUGAGAGAAAGUUUCCAGUCAGUUCUCUCACAAUAUCUCGGACUGUAGACUGUAUAUCUUCAAAAGAGGAAAUCGAUCAAACUGAAUACUACCUAUACAAGUUUCGCCACAGUCCAAACUGCUGGUAUCUCCGAGACUGGACUGUCCACAGCUGGUUCAGACAGUGUCUUAAACAUGGAGCCAGAGAAAAAGCCAUGCAUACACUCAAGAACAAGGUGCAAUUUGGGAUGUUCCCAGAUGAGUUCACCUUCAAUCUUCUGAUCGACUCUUACCUAAAAGAUAAAGACUACAAGGGAGCCUGCUCGGUUGUUGAGGAGGUGAUGCUUCAGGAAGCUUUUACCCAGCCCACAACACAGAUAGUAUCACUAUUCGCCCUGAGCAAAUACUUGGCAACCAAGCCUGACCUCAGCUGGCAGGAAGAGAGGAACGUGGGAGCAGCUCUUAUGCUGGCUGGACUGGAGCAGGAGAACUCUGUUGGCAUUAGUGCUCAGUUACUGGGCCAUGCACUUAUUGGUAAGGUGGAGAUGGCCAGAGGAAUACAUGUUGUGUUUCACCAGAUGCCCUUGAUCUGGACUCCAGGCUACCUUGGCCGAUCGCUGGCUGUUAUGGAGAGAGUGUGCACUGAUACUGGGGAUUUUAAAUUGUCUACAGAAGUGCUUGAUUACUUGCAAACCAUACUACAGGAGCUCUCUUCCACUCCUUCUGAAACAGCGGAGGAGAACACUGCCGAAAACCAGGCUGAUGACAGCAUAGAUGAGGAGGAUGAGCUUGAAAGAGCUAAAUUACCACAGUACACAGCUAAGUUUAAGGAGCUGAGGGAGCAGCUACAGGCUCAGGGCAAGGAGGACUCCAGCAGUCUGGAGGCUCUUACAUCCGACCUGGCACAGGAGAAGCUGAGUGCCUUCGAGCAGCUGGACGUAGCCGAGUACCAGAAGCGGGUGCAGGACUGGGAGGCUGAGCGUCGGCAGCUGGUCGAGAGAGAGAAAGAGAUGAGAGAGAAAGCUGAACAGGAGCGUCUGGCCAGGCAAGCGGCCAGGCAAGCCGCCCAGUAGCGUGCCAAACGUGGGCACGGCUACAGGCAGCCGAGAGCUAUUGUCUUUUUGUGUUUAUUGUGUUAGGUCGAGUAAACUGAACUUGAGAUUGUGUCUGUGUGUAUUUCUUUUUCUCUUUUUUUCCUCGAUCGUAAAGUCUGCACUGUAUAAAUAAACCCCCAAAUAUUCGUCAACUGUCA